AUGGCGACGACGAGAGGUUUUCCCACAAUUAAAACUCUUCGAGCUUACACCGUACAAGAAGGACAAGCUGGUGAUCAAGGUGCCGAUUGUCACGAUGUUGCUGACGAUCACUGGAUUAAUGGAGCUGGUACACCUAUCGCUAAUCCCAUGUCGAUGUACCCAUUAUACAGUAAAACAAGAAAGUCAUGGGGAAUCAAUGCCUUGGGAUCUUUAGUUAUUGAAGUGGAAGCUGAUGACGGCACGGUUGGUGUAGGUGUGACUAUUGGUGGUGAACCAGGAUGUUACAUUGCUGAGAAGCAUCUGAGUCGAUUUGUUGAGGGUCAAGAUCCUCGCAACGUGGAACUGAUAUGGGAGCAAAUGUUUCGUGGAACUGUGAAUUACGGGCGUAAAGGACUACCGAUUCAAACGAUUAGUGCUAUAGAUCUUGCAAUAUGGGAUUUACUCGGAAAGCUACGAGGAGAACCAGUUUAUGCCUUGCUGGGAGGGAAAACUAAAGAACGGUUACCAGUGUAUUCCACAACCUCAAGACCAGAUCUUGCUAAAAACUUUGGAUUUGUUGGAGCUAAAGUACCUUGCCCAUAUGGACCCUCAGAAGGUGAUGACGGACUGAAGAGAAAUGUUGAGUUUUUCAAGGGAUGGCGAGAGAAAGUGGGAGAUGAUUUCCCUUUGAUGUUGGACUGCUAUAUGGCGUUAACGGUACCAUACACCAUAAAACUGGCACAUGCUUUGUCUCCUUAUGGAUUAAAAUGGAUCGAAGAAUUUUUGCCGCCGGACAAUUAUGAAGGAUACAAAGACGUAAGAAAAGCAUUAAGCAGUUCCGACAUUCUUUUAACAUCAGGAGAACACGAGUACACACGAUAUGGUUUUCAACAAUUGCUAAGUAGUCGCUGUGUGGACAUUAUUCAGCCAGAUAUUACGUGGUUAGGAGGCAUUACUGAAGCCAGAAAAGUAGUUGCUAUGGCUGCAGCUCAAGAUGUAUUGGUCAUACCUCACGGAUCUAGUGUGUACUCAUAUCAUCUACAGUAUGCUUUUUCAAACUGUCCCUUAGCCGAAUAUAUUAACUUGAGUCCGAAUGCUGACGCAAUUGUUCCUUAUUUUGGAGGCCUGUUUCCUGAUGAACCGCUUCCCAAAGAUGGAUAUAUUGAUCUUCUAGAUACACCAGGCUUUGGUGUCACCUUAUCACGUGAUAAACUGCACCGACCAUAUUCUAGGUCUGAGGAAGAAUCAAAGAAGCAGGCAGAGUUGAAUAAAAAUAAUGCAGUUACAUCUGAAGCAAAAAUGCCUUUCUAG